UUCAGCUCAGUCGUAGCAGGAGCAAGGAGAGGGCAGAAAGCGAAGAGAUCGGUCUCGGCUUUAUUAUGCUCAAUUUGAUCAAUAAUUGCCAAUAUAACCGGUCGGACCCAUGGUGAAGAGAAAGAAGACAUCGCCCACUACCGAAGAGCACGAAAAUGGCAUGACACCGGGAUCCAGGGAGGGGAUCGGUGUCGAUGGGAGGAGGAAUCCGUCCAGAAAGCCCGAAGGUUGCGACGAGGAGGAGAGCGGAGAGCAGGCGAGCGAGGAGCGCAAUACAAAGGGAGACGACGGAGUGGAAAUUCUUAAUCCAUCAGCCGCGGGUCUCAGCCCCGGUUCAGCCCCGGUUCCCCCCGUGUCUCCGCCGAACCGAACCGGGCUAGGCUCGACCCAGCAGACCCACACCUCAGCGGAGCCCGCCCCUCCGUGUCACGACCAGCAUCAUUUUCUCCGAUCCAGCGUUCGACCUCCGAGCAAACGGAUACGGAAGGAUUCAAUCGGCUCGACCAUCAAUGGACAUGGCGGGGCAAAAUCGAAAGGGGCAGAGAAUGGCUCUUCUUCCCAAGGGGCAGUGGGACAGUCGGGGUCACUGGCCAGCUCCACAGGGGGACUGUCAAAGGCCUCCAAGGGCCAAGGGUGUACUGAGAAGGAAGAACAAGCAGGUAACCAGAAGAGAGCCCGUCGGCAGUGGGAGUCUUGGAGCGCAGAGGAUAAAAACAGCUUUUUCGAGGGGCUGUACGAGCAUGGGAAGGAUUUUGAGGCUAUCCAGAACAACAUUGCAAUUAAGUACAAGAAAAGAGGCAAGCCAGCCAACAUGGUGAAGAACAAGGAGCAGGUCCGCCACUUCUACUACCGCACCUGGCACAAGAUCUCCAAACACAUUGACUUUGCCAAUGUGUACUCCCGAGUGCUGAAGAAAUCUUCUCAAGAGCUGUAUGGUCUUAUCUGCUAUGCUGAGCUCCGCAAAAAAGUUGGAGGAUUAAUGGAUGAUAAGAAUGUGGCAAAGCUGAACGAGCUCAUCCAGCAGGGGGCCACCACUGUGCGCUCUAAAGGGAGGAACCUACGGAUCAAAGCCCCCAUGUGCCGAGCACUGAAGAAACUUUGUGAUCCAGACGGAGCGAGUGACGAAGAGGACCAGAAACCAGUGCGUCUACCCCUGAAGGUGGCAAUGGAGCUCCAGCCACGCAGCAACCACUCCUGGGCCCGCGUUCAGAGUCUAGCGCACAACCCUCGCCUCAGGAUGGUGGUGGAGCUCCACAGGAAAGUCUCCAGCCUCAUUGAAUAUCUGAAACAGAAGUGGGCAUACCACGACCAGCGGAUUCUUAAGAGUCUCAUGGAGAGGGAGGCGCUCGAGGGCAGCCAGUGCAGCACAGCCUCUCCCAGCAAAACACGGCAAGAGGAGCUCUUUCUUUUUCCAGCUGAGAGCAGCACCUUGACCACGCUGCCUGGUGUGGCACGUGUAGUUCACUCCAAGGCCUCCUGCACUGUACACUGGUUAGAGAGUGGCAAGAACCGGCCUAAUGCCAAGGAACUGCCUGCUGCUCAGAUCCUAGGCAUCCACACAGCUCCACCACCUCGAACUGGCAGCAAAUCUGGACGGGGAAUUACUGCUGUUGCUGGUGCUUCAGCGACUGUCUCGGGUGACACUCGUCGGACUGAAACCCCUAACCUUGAACCAUCCCCAGAUAGUUCUACAAAGGUAGAGGAGAAGAGACCUCUCUCUUCUCUUUCUGUGACUCUUUCAUCUCAGCAGACUGUAGCGCUCAGAGAUGAGGGAAAUGGGACAGUAUCUUUUGAGGCAGGUAAGACCUGCUCUGUUGAGGAGGUCACUGGUGGCUUCGCAGUGACCAAAAGCACGGACAAGUUGUGUGGUGUUGUCGAGAGCUCAUCGGAGCAGUGCCAAGAAGAGCAAAAUACCAGCACCUCUUCCCCAGAGGUGAACCAGGCUCCUACAGCCAAACUAGUGACUGGCUCAGAGGACGUUGUGUUGCAAGGCUCGGCACCAGCAGCCAAAGAACGGACUGUUGAGCAGAUCAGAGAGGAGGGCUGGAGUGCUCGGGACGCUGAGAAUGUCACCCUGGCUGAGCUCUACCUAAUGUUUGGGAAGCCAGGAAAGCUGCAGCUGGAAUAUGAGUGGCUUCCAGCUGCAGUUUCUCCCAGCAACCAAGAAAAUGGACAAGCCUUGGUACAGCCCAAGUCCAACAGGACGAACCGAGUUUUGCGCUGCCUGCUCAAGCUGGUUGCAACUGAGGUCAAUCCUAAACCUUUGGCUCCAGAGCUCUGCUCCACAGCCACAUCACCUCUUAAGACCAAUCAAGAGGAGCAAAACCAGGCAGUCACACCUCCAGGAAAGGGUCCUGUAGCAGGUGUUCGCAGCCCUAGCUGUGGGCGGCAGCAGGCUUCUGUCCGAGUGGCCAGGUUACACCUGCCAAAUGCUGGAGCCUCAGGUGGGCGCAACCUUCCACGCUCUCUGCUGGGCUCGACUGCGGGCUGCGAGUCAGAAGGUGGAGUGUUCGCAGUUCCCACCACACUGCCCCCCAACAGCUCACGUCACAACAGAAUGUUUUCCCCCAACAAGGAGGCUGAGCUUGCCUUCAGACAGCAGCUUGACUCUAUCAGUAUGCAGUCCGAUCUUUUCCUUUCUAGACAGAGAAAACCUCGCAACAGACAACUUCGGAAGCCACUUGUAGUUCAGCGAACACUGCUGCCCAGAACUACAGGAGACACUCCUCAGCAUGUCUGCUCCUUUUCCAUCCUCUCCAAUUCCUCUGCCACAGGAACUGGAUCUUUCCGGCCAAUCCACACGCGACUUGCUCCUUCCUCCCGCCCUCUUCUGUCCAAAACUUCCUCUGCAGCGUCCAGCUCUGCAGUGACCAGCCAGCUCUCCAGUGCCAUUGACCUGGCAGCCAAGUCUGCAGGCAUCAUCCCUGGCAGUCCCUGCCGGGAGCUAGAUUCUCCCACUGUUGAUAACAGCACUCUGCUCACCACCACACCCACUGUUGAUGCUGAACCAGACCCCCAACUCAUCCAGGAAAAUGCCCCAGAGAACGGUCUGCCUCCUCCGUCUCCUGGAGUGACUGGUGGUGGAGACUCACUCCUCUCUCCACCCAGCGUCGUCUCGCUCCUGGACAUCUCUCUCCCAGGUCCCCCUGAAGAGGCUCUUGCCCCUGGAGAACCUCAAACACACAUUAGUGACUCCAUUAUAGAGCUUGCCAUCAACUCUACCCACUAUGGUGAGGAGGCUGCUCUCUCUCCAGCCAAGCUAGGCAACAGUGACGGCUCUAAACUGUUGACCUCGUCUCCGUCAGUCAGCCCGUCCAGAGGAUGGAUUCCAUCGCCCAGCCACGACCCCCAGUGGUACCCCAGCGACUCAUCUGACUCCACGUUAGGAUGCCUCCUUUCCAGCAUGGUGUCUCCUGAUAAGGGCAGGCGGACCACCCUAACCCCCUCUGGCCCCUCCAGUGGCACAGCUUUGCUCGGUCCAAGCCUCCUGGACUGCAAUUCUCAUGAUUCCUUUCAAUCCCGUGGCCUUCAUGAUGUGGCAGAAAUGGACUCUCAGCUUGCGUGUAUGAUGAGCGAGAGCAGUGUGGACUACAUCGCUCGCUUCAAUGACCUGGCUCAGGAGCUGGCUGUAACCGAGCCCUCCAUCCCACCUCCCUGAGGAAGAGAGGAACUGGCUCCACCGAGCCGCCGCCAUCUGGAGGACAAGAGUCGCCGAGUGAGCGGAGAUAGGAGAGGCUUCUCCUCUUUCUCUUUCCUUUUACUUCAGAGGGAAAGACGACUGUGGAGGAUGACCUUCAAAGCCAUCCCAGCCCUGUUUGUAAAAGUGCAAUAAUAACAGUGAACCGUGAGCAUCGUUCAAAGGAAGUUUGAAACACGAUGGUUUCACUGGACUGAACUGAACUAAGGUAAAAUGCCCUUUAAAAAACAAACACUUUAGAUAAAGAAAUGCGUUUACAAAACACAACCUCAUGUACAGGAAAAUACUAUGCCAUAUCUGAACAAAAUAUUUUCACCAAUC